AUGACUGGCCUUACCCAGGAUAUCAUUGUGGAAAUUCUCUUAAGACUACCUGUCAAGAGUCUAAUACGAUUCACAUGUGUUUGCAAGCAAUGGCUCUCUUUGAUCACUGACCCCAAGUUCACAAAAUUGCACUGGACUCGAGCCAUUGAUAAAGGGAAUUACUUGGACAAUAGAAGACUCUUGGUCUCUAUUUACGUUAAUAUUGAUAGAGCUGUUGAUGCUGUUUCUCCUUCUGUGCGUGGCCAAAUAGUGGGUUAUUGUAAGGGUAAGGUAUGUAUGGAUUUUGAAUUAAAUACCUCUAUUUACACUCUGGUGAAUGAUAAUGCAUGUGUUGGUAUUGGUUUUUGUUCGAUCGGUUGCCAACUCGUGGGUUCAUGCAAUGGCAUAAUAUGUUCGGUUUAUGGAUUCAAUACCUUUCAUUUAUUGAAUCCAUCUAUCAGAGAACACAAGACAUUACCAUAUCCUGGGGAGAUCCACUCUGGACGGGCUUUUUAUGGAUAUCUUCUCCAUGGAUUUGGUUAUGACUCCUCUACUGAUGACUACAAGUUGUUUCGAGGUAGUUAUAGUCCUGUCAAAUCCACGAUAGAAAUCUUUUCUCUGAAAACCAAUUCUUGGAGAAGAAUUCAAGAAUUUCCUACUUAUCAUCCUUCUCAGCAUUCAGGUGUUUUUGUCAAUACAGCUCUACAUUGGGCAACAGAUAAGGUUUCUGAUGGUGAUGGCAUGCAUCUUGGUAAUAGAGUUGUCUCUUUUGAUUUGAAGGAGGAGAAAUUCAUGGAAGUGCCACUUCCAGAUGAAACAUGUAUUGGAUCCUGUCCAACUCUUGGGGUCUUGGGAGGAGACCUAUCCAUGAUCCAACAUCAUGUUGAUGAUAGUCACCAGAUAUGGAGAAUGAAAGAGUAUGGAGUAAAACAUUCUUGGACUAAAUUGAUCAGACUUCCACCUUCCCCCAUAACUAAAGUGGUUCCAUUUGAUUAUACAAAGGAUGGUGACAUUGUAGUGCUGGUUAAUAAACUGGAAUUAGCUAUUUACAAUUCCAAAACAGAAGCUUUAGAGAAUAUUGCUCUUGUGGCUCCUCAAAGUGAUUAUUGGUACCGGGUGACCUUGUAUAUGGAAACUCUAAUUUCACCCAAUAGCCACAGUUGA